UGCGCGUCGACACACGUCGUAGAAAAAAAGUAAAACAAAAAAUAAAAACAAAUUUGAACAGAGACAUUUUUCCGAUUCGAACGGUUACGCGAGUAAGCCGAGAUUUGCGUGUAUGCGAAAAAGUUGUAACAAAAAUAAAAUUUUAAGCAUAAAAACAUGCACACAACUAUAAGAAAACUAAUUUUAGUCGCAAAAGCAGUGAACAAAGUGAAGUGCAGUGCAGUGCUUGCCAAUUUGUGAUGAGCCAGUAAGCUUCACAGAAGUAUUUUACAAAAAAUCGAAUUAGCAAACUUUUAACCCCAACCAACAACUUUGAGUGCAAAUAAUUUUCGUGAAAAUUUGCUGCCUGCAACCGCAAAAAUUGCCGAGCCAAACGCGGCUUCAACACAGCAGCAGCACCCUCCUCCAGCCUCGCCAGCAGCCACGCAAACAAAUUUAUUUAUGACUAAAAUGAUUCCGCCGCUGCCCACCUCAGCCGUUCUAAUGCCAACGCCAAAGCAGAAGAUCGGCUUCAGCAUCGAAUCGAUUGUGGGCAAUGAUGCAACCGCCUCGCCACCGCAAAGUGCCGUCGGCAUUCAACAACUGACAGGCGAACAGUUGGCCAGCACAAACACAACAAGUGGCACCAAUAAUGGACCCAGUUCACCACCACAAACCCCACCCGCUGUACCGCUCACAACGGGCGCUGCUACACACUUACCUGGCGCAGCGCAUCUCAACAUGCCACUACAGCUGCACACGCAUCCGCAUAUGACACACGGACACUUGCCACCACAUUUGUCGCCAGCGCAGCAACACGCGCUCCAACAACAUCUGCUGCUCCAGCACCACCAUCAGCAGCAGCAGCAACAACAACAACAGUUAGCGCCCAAUGGCGGCGCACCCAUGCGUCAGGACAUACAAGAACUCAUCCAACGUUUGCAUAGUUCCGCUGCAGCCGCGGCUGCUGCCAAUUUGAGCAUACAUUCCGCCGGCCCGUACAGUCCACCGCCUCCCGCACAAACACGUCUCUCCUCGCCCGAAGUGACACCCGCCGCCAUCACACAUAUGUUGCAUCUGAAGCGCGAACGCUCGCCGCUGUCUCUGGCCGAAGAGCAAGCACAGCAUCCCGCGCAACGUCAACAACCCAAUCCGUCUACGCCCCAGCAACAUCCGCAACCGCCACAAACACCACCUAAGUCCGUCUCGCCACUAGCCUCGCAACCUUCGUCCCCACCCGCGCUGCUACCUGGCAGUCCAGCCGCACUACCCACACCCACACAACAAGCGCCACCACAGCCCACAACGCCGCAAUAUCCCAAACCCACAAACGUGCUCGGCGCCGGCCCUGGCUCAAUGCUAAUGCCCGGCUUGCCACACGCGCCAGGUCUGGUGCGUCCGUUUCCCGUCGUGGGACCCGCCGGUGUGCCGCCGCCACCACAGCAGGGCAUGCCCGACAUUAAAGCGUUGCCGCCAUACAUUAAUGCGCCACCGCCAGAGCUACCGCCGCAGCACAAUCCGCACCUAAUCGCCGCCGCACAAUUUCAAAUGGCGGCCGCCUUGCAAGCGGGCCAUGUGUUGGGUGGUGGCUUGCCGCCACAUGCAGCGCCGUUCAUGGCUGGACCAGGCAUGCCGCGCGAUAGCUACCCACUGUAUCCGUGGCUCUUGAGCCGCCACGGACGCAUCUUUCCGCACCGCUUUCCAGGAAAUUUCCUACUGCAGCCUUUCCGCAAGCCGAAGCGCAUACGCACCGCCUUCUCGCCCUCCCAGCUGCUCAAGCUCGAGCACGCCUUCGAAAGCAAUCAGUACGUGGUGGGCGCGGAACGGAAAGCGCUCGCCCAAUCGCUCAACCUUUCCGAGACGCAAGUGAAAGUUUGGUUUCAAAACCGCCGCACGAAGCACAAGCGCAUGCAGCAAGAGGACGACAAGGGCGACGGCUCGCACUUGGACCGUAGCCGCAAUGCAGCUAGUUGCGACGAAGAUGACGAUGAUGAGCUGAUCGACAUGGAAAUGGAUGAUUGCCCGAGUGAUGAGGAGCAUGAGCUGGACGGCAGUCAUUGAGGAGACUUUGCGCUUUACUGAAAAACGACAGCGAUUUCAAAGCACAAAAAACAAAAACACAAAAAAAACCGUUAUGUAAAUAGUGUAAUUUCGCCGUGUGCAUGGAUGUGAGAGUUCCUUAAUUUAUUGCUAGAAAAGGUAGACUGUUGCAGGCGUGAGCGUGUGAGUGUGUGCGGGAGUGUGUUUGUAUUAGUUAAAGUGGUGAUAGAAAAUAGUUAAGGUGGCAAAAGCGUUGUGCGGAAACGACGAGAAUUAUGUGAUAUAAAGUUAAAUUUUUAUGAUUAUAUAGAAAAAAAUGGCUAAAACGGAUUAGCUGCGACAAGUAGAAAAACGCAUACACACACAAAUAGUUUGAAUAAGUAUUAAAUUAGUGAACGUUAAUUUAGAGUGAGAAAACUAAACUGAAAGCGCGAUUUAUAUAUGAAAAU